GCGUGCAGGCCGUGGUGCAGGCGCGUCUUCACCCCUCUGUGGUGAAAAGUUCCUAACCCCGGAGUGAUGGAAUAUUUUGGAGGUUUAGGAAGUUUCAUUGUAAUUUAAAUGUCGUUUCAACUUGGGAAAAGGGGAGCGCAAAACGGUGUUUAUGCGUCCUCCUACAAGUUAAUCUUCUCUCCCAUCUGUCCCCAUCAGCAUUUUCCGCAACUUGUGUAAGAAGACAUAAUAAACAAACUUUGGGUUGGGUUUUAAUGAUUUUCAUCCAGUUGAAUAUCGCAACACUGCUUUUUGCUCAAUGUGCUGCCUAAAGACUGGAGCUCACCAAAAUUUUAAUUGUCUCUAAUGACUUUUACCUUUUCUCAUACUUUUGCCAUCUGCCAUUUUUUUUUUUUUCAAUUCAACAUCUGUCUGCAGCUUUGUAGUGUGCCAUUUUCUACUUGUUUGUCCAUGUGUUCAUAACUAAUCCACCGCCCCUCAGUACUGCCCUGCACCCUCCUUCCCUCUUCCACGCCUCUCUCUCAAUUCCUGUAAUGUCUGUAUCCAUGAGGAACCCACCCCAGCGCCGCCGAUCCUUGGGGCCUGUCUCACCCAAGCGCAUCUAUCGGAAUCUGUCUGUCAGACUGCGGGGCGCAGAGGCAGCGGGCACUGACGAAACAGAGAUGCCCAAACAUUCAAACAAGUCUGCAGAUGCUUACAAGACCCUGUGGGAGGCUGUGGAAAAUGAGGACACUUUGGCCGUGCAAAGCCUGCUGUCCAGAGAGCUUCCGAACAGUGGAGGAGGUGGAGGAGGAGGAGGGAGCAUUUGGGAGAAGAGCAUUUGGGAGAAGGCAGUGAAGAGAGACAGGGAUUUGGAGCAGGAGAAGGAGAAAGGAGUGAACCGUGUCAGUGAUCAGGGUUUGGUUCCAUUGGAUGUGGCAGCACUUACCCACAAUUCACCUCUGCUCCAUGUGCUGACAAAGGCUGGAGCCCGUCAUAACCCUAUAUUGAGUCGCCCGGCAGAGUGGGCUCUGAAGCUGGACACUCUGGUGACGCUGGCGAGUAAACGUGUGGAGGAGAGGAAGAAGGAGCUGGUCAGGAGGGUGGUGGCUGGACCGCAGGCUCAGGCAGAUGUGCACAGACAGAUCCGCCUCUGGAGCCUCAGGCUGCAGCUGUACUGUCGCAUGAGAGAGAACUUCAACAAAACAGAGCUCCCUGGUCCUCCCUCUCAUGUGUCCAUACUUGUGACGAGCACAUCAUCCCUGCUAGUGGUAAUCAAAGAACCAGAAGGUCCAGGCAUUGGUCUUAUUACACGUUACAGAGUGGAAUGGAGCAACACAGAGACAUUCAAACGUAUUUCUGGCUCAGCCCAAGUUACAGAGACCAAAAACCCAACAUAUUCUAUACAGGGGCUGACAACGGGCGUACAUUAUUUUGUCAGAGUCAGUGCCUACAAUAUAAAAGGAUGGGGCCAACCUCAAUGUUCUACCCCAGCUAGUGCUGCCCCCUCCAGUUGGCGAGAGUGCGUGGGUGUGAAAUCGCUGUUUAGGAACCACGAGGGCCUUGUGAGGAAGCUGCUGGAAGAUGCCCGUGAACCACAGUACAGAGGAUACUGCAUAGAGAGCUGUAAGCCCCAGAGUCCCAGCAAGCGCCUGUCUAUGUCUCGAGGCAUCAAACAGCUUUUCCAGUCCGCCACCAAGUUUGUUCGUCUUCUCCAACGAGGUGUCUACCUGGCAGCUGUCUUCCACUACAAGGACAACAUCCUGGUGACAGCUGAAGAUCAGAUACCUCUUGUGGAGAUCCAGUGCUGCUCCACGCCCAUCACACAGGACUUUCUUUGGUUUGCCAAGUUAUCUUGUGCGUGGCAACAAGUUCCAUGGCUGCAGCAAUCUCUAGCCUCUGCUCAUUCAUCUUCCUCCUCCCUGCUUCAGAACAGACACAACAUUUUAAAAGCAGUUUCACAGCUGCAGUCUUCUCUAGGAAUGAUGGACUUAGGUCAGGUUUACUAUGAGCCUCUGAAAGAUCGCCAGGGAAAUGUGCUACUAGUCACGUUGAAGGACUUCUCCAACCUUCCCAAUCCCCCUGACCCGCCGCUCCACUGGAUGCCCAUCGUACGGCUGGAAAAGAACCGGAGUCGGACCCCCCUGCUGCCUGAGCCCACCGCCAUGGAUAUGCUCUAUGAACAGCUCAAGGACAAGCUGUCAUAUCACCGCCACAGCACCCAGUGGGCCCAGCCUGGUCUUUAUGUUGGGAUACUGAAGCUGUGCAGCUCUGUGGAGCAGAUCCGGGUGCUGGUGCCUCAGAGGCUGCCCAAUCUGCUCUGUCACACCAGGGUCCGACACAACGCCCACGUAACAAGGGACGAGUGGGCGUGGCUUCAGAGUCAUGUUUACACUACAGUCAAUGGCAGUGUCCAGAACCUGCUGAGUGGAGGAGACGAUGAUAACCUGAUUGAGAGCAGCCUGGUGGAGUUUGUCACAUCCCUGAGAGCGGCCAUCACACAUCUGCUGACAAAGCUCAACAUCCCCCUCUACAGGGCGUAUCAGUAUGGAGUCUACACUCGGGAACUUGUGCAGUUUGGAGACAAGCUGUCCUUAUUGCUCCUUCUGCCUCCUAGUGAGGAUUUCAGUUCCAGUUAUUGGCCCCUAGUGGGGACCAAGGAACCUGGUCUGACAAUGCCACUGCAGAUCUUUGAAAUUGUUCACUUCUGGACGUACGAGCGUGACUUCCUGUCUCACUACUGCCAAGCCUGGGUGAGGCUGGAACUGGACACUCAUUUGGCCCAGCAGGCUCUGAGGGAGGCUCUGGACACAAAAGAGGUGCAGGAGGCCCGGGAACGCCUCAACCGCAUCACUGAACUAGCACAUAGGCUGGAUGUUGUGUGGCGGGAUGCGCGCUGGAUCAUGGACUGUCUUCAGUGUGUUCGGUCCAGGCAGUGGGUGGGCGCAGUGCCUUUGGGCUUGGUGAUGGGAGGAGACCCACCCCCGCGCCCAGAGGGAGAGGAAGAGGAGGAGAGUCUGACUGGCAGACUGACGUGGCCCAGACGAAUACCACCUCAGAGAACUAUUUCAGAAAAUCUGAGUGUGACUCCUCCAAAUGUUGUCUCAGCAGAGGUGCCUGCUCCCACUGGGAUCAUCACAUCUAUCCCUGAAGAGCCCCCUCUGGUGUUAAUGGAGGGUGUUGCAAAGGGAGGGUACCCUGUUGACAUCACCUCACCAUCAACUGUGGAUUUGACCAGUUUGGACCAGCCUGAGUUAAUAUGUGCCAGUACUUUGAUUGAAGCAGGACUGGAACCUGCAGCUGCAGCUCAACUAGAAGUAGGCUAUCCAGUUUUAAAUGUGGAAGUGCCCCAGAGUGAAGAGCCAGAGUACCCCUCAAGCAUCACAGACGUCAUUCGGCCAAUGGAGAUGGCUGAGCUGGUGGAUAUCAUACCCACUCUGACACUUAUUGAAGAAGAGAUCCCCAGUGACCCCUCCAGCCCCACUGUCAUGGACAUGCUAGAGAGCUUUGGUCUGGGGAUCAGUGAAAGUAAUACUAUUUUUAACUUAGAAAAUCCAGUCUUGACCAGUGGAGAUGGGUUGGUGUCACAGUCCAGUAGCAACACUGUGACCCUCACUGAGAAUACAGAUCUACAGAGCACAGCAGUGCCUGUCGCUGAAGGUGAUAGAAGACCUAUUUUCACCUUAAACUUUCCCUCUGAGGACACAGACAGGCUGCAGCUGCCCUCUGGGUUUCCAGCGAGGAGCCAGGUGGAGUGGGACAGACCAACCAACAGCUCAUCUUGACAGAUCCACAAAUCCAUCUGGUACAUCUGGUACCUUUUUUUUAGAGUACAGAUAGUUUAGGUAAACUAUGCACAUGAGUAGAGCUGUGGUACCAAAAAAGUACUGUUCAUGUAUCAGAUUGUUUCACCAAUGUUAAAAAAGUCCUUCUCAGGCUCUCUCUUUUUGUUUUUAAAUAAACAUGAUAUUAUAUAAUUUUAUGUAUUACACUACAGUGAGACAAAACAAAGCUAGUACUAAGAAGACUAAGAUAUAUAUAUAUAUAUAUAUAUAUAUAUAUAUAUAUAUAGUAAAUAUUAUGACUGACAACCCUUCACCAAGCAGUCCUAAACAAGGAUGAUUUUUUUUUCAACAUUAUGGGCAAAUGGUAGCUUAUUUAUAUAUAACCACACAAAUCAAGUGUCUCUCUGUUUUUUAAUCAAUUAACAACUUAAAAAAAACAACAUAACGUACCAAAAAGCCAAAGGUAUUUAUUUGGUUGAUUAAAUGAAGACAUGGUAACCAUAUCUUUUUAAUGUUGGCUAUCACACUUCACUUUUACAUUUUUUUUAUUAUUUCUCCGGUGUACAGGGUAUGUAUGUGAAAAAGUGUUUUUAUUUUAGCACCAAGAAACCACAUUAAAUGUGUGAGUAAAAGGUGAUGUCAUUCCUUAAACUAAAACAAUGUCUAGGAAAUAGGUACCUCAAAAUAUGUUUGCUGUAUGUUUACAAAGAGUAAAAGCUAUCUAAACCACAAGGAAAUGGUCUGCACUGUGUUCUGCUUUCUUUAAGGCAGUAGCCUCCUUUUUAAAGGUCCUAUAUUACUCAAAAUUGAGUCUUGUGA